UAAGGUUGAGCUGUUUACAGUGUGGGUUUAUAAAACAGCAGACGGGGGCCGUCCCUACAAAGAGAGGGAGCAGAGAGGAGAAACGCCAGACAGGGAUAGAGAGAGUGACAGAGUGAGAGAGAGCACGUCUGAGAGAGAGGGUCUGCAUACAGCCUACCCGGGACAGAAUGAUAAAACAGCCGGGAGGCUUUGGAGAGUAAGCUUUUUUGUCAACUGACUACUAACACAACUGCAACAGCACGGAGGAUGCUGAUGUGAGGAGAGCAAGAACUCUGCAUUGUACCACAAAAGGGACUCUCUUUGUUUGCACAGAACAGAGCAGGAAUUGAUGAGUUCUGCAUCUUAGACUGUCUAGUCAUGGGUGACCGUAGGGAACUUACUGAAUAGAUUCCCAGUGCUGCAUCAUGGUUCAGCACAGGAGCCACAAAUACUCAUCAGUCAUGGACGGCAAUUCCACCAGAGGGGCGGCAGAUGAUGACGCUGAGGUGUUUGGAUACGUACCCUCCAACAAAGACCCCAACUGGUGCAAAACUCCUACUGGGCACAUCAAGAGACCGAUGAACGCAUUUAUGGUCUGGUCUCAGAUUGAAAGACGAAAGAUCAUGGAACAGUGGCCUGACAUGCACAACGCUGAGAUUUCAAAGCGCCUUGGAAAACGUUGGAAGCAACUUCCCGAUUAUGAAAAGAUACCCUUUAUUAAAGAGGCAGAGAGGUUGCGUCUCAAGCACAUGGCCGAUUAUCCCGACUACAAAUACCGUCCCAGGAAGAAGAGCAAGUGCAUCACCCCUGUGAAACUUGGGGAGAAGCUUCCCCUGAAAUUUAGCAAGCCCCAUUCAGGAAGAUCUCCUGGGCUCUCCGGCAAAGGGCUCAAAAUCAAACCCCGCAAGCAUAAAAUGAACUUCAACAGCAAUAAAUACAAGAGCUACAGCGAGAGCGACGAUGACGCAAUGGAUGUAAACUUAGACUUAAGUCCAGGGGUGCUACAAGAUGAUCACAACCGGUCAAGUCACUUUGUCCGUCACCAGCAGGCUACCAACUCCUCUGAGGACCAGCAACCAGUACCUGAACUCAGAGAGAAAGUGGCCAUCUCCCAAACCAGCAACAUCCAGAGUCUCCCUUCUCAUAAAGAGUGCCAGGCUGCCCCGAAGACCCCGAUGUGCGAGCCAAGGGGGUCGACCUCAGGGAGAUCCUCCACGCCGACCUCCACCAGCUCCUCCUCUUUAGUGUCUUCGGCCUGUUCAGACGAAGAACUGGAUGAGGAACUCUUGCAUAUCAUAUCUAACAGUAUGCCUAUGGACUGCUCCACUCUGGACAAAGACUUUGAAGCAUUUCAUGCUAACUCAGGAUCCCAUUUCGACUUUCCCGAUUACUGCACUCCAGAGGUGAACGAAAUGAUUUCUGGAGACUUGCUCGUGCCCAGCAUCUCAGACCUAGUGUUCACUUACUGAAGUGUAACGUGACUGCCUGCAUAGCUGCCAAUUCGAAAAAUCAGAGGUCUUGAAAACAUUUGGUCCAUGUCGUACUUGUACGAUUCCUUUUUCCAUGUGUUUAUUUUUCUCAAUGAAUUCCGUAAGUGCUAUUGCUUUUCCGUUCCAAGCAUGUCAGAUCUUGUUGGUUUAGCUAAGAGACACGCAGGGCUGCACGGGAGAGGAAAAUGUUCAGUUUUAGCAUUUUUUGGAAAGACAUUUGAGAGGCAGCUGGGUGUAAUUUUCAGUGACAGGAAACAAAGUUUUAAGAGCUGUCUUGAUAAAUGUUUUAAAGCUAACAUUAAUGUCUCUGAGCAUCUGAUGGGCAGCAGUAAAGCUCAGAUCAGUUCCAGACGAAGAUCUGUAUCCAUUUAAUAUCUAGCCAUGUAGUUUUCACGACAGCUCAUAACAUUGAUACCGUUGUGUUCCAUCUAAAUCUCAAUAAUCUCCAAGAAGCGUCUAUGAAUGAUUCCGAAUUUAUAUACUGUAUCUGCCGGUGCAUUAAUAUAAAAAAAUCCAAGGGUGCAAAUGAUGAAAGGAAGUUGAGUGAAAAUCGUUGAUGAGAAGCUUAUUAAAAUCUGCAGCCCUUGUAAGUCACACGGUACAGCAUCUGUAAUGCGGCAACCUUGCGGAGAAACUCAUGGCAGCACAUAAUUCAUUUCAUAUUCUUUAAUUAGGUAAUAGCACUUUCAUUGCCUCGCCAUUGGCGCAGACUUUGAGGAAAACGUGUGAUUUAAAGGCAGCUCUGCGUCGGCCCUGUGUGCAGGUGUGUGUGUGCGUGUCUGUUGUGCCUAAACAGUUUGAACUGUGGACAGAGAGUUUGUGGUAUGGGGGUUGGGAUUGGUUCUUUCAGGAAACUGUGCAUCUGUCCAUGCAGCUUUUAUGCAGGGGUCGGACCCUGCGCUCACUGGGCGUCUGCUGGGGGUGGGCAGGCAUGGGGGGCCUCACGCACCGGUUUGCACGUUGUGUCUGCAGCCCGGCUGCAGCUGCCCCGAACGGGGUGAGAAAUCUGUGUCUGCCAGCUGGCCCCCAUUGACUCUCUCAGGGAUUGUUUGUCUAGGUCCUAGUGCCUCCCGUAGGUAAUUCAUCUGUGAUGAUCUGUGUGUCUCUCUCGCUCGCUCUCCUGGAGAAACCAUCUGAAGUCAAGCGAGGUGACAGCCUGAUUUCUCAUUGGGUUUUCAACAGGAUUCAUCUCUUUUUUUCCACCAACAAGCUCUUAGUAAUUUCAGAGACUGGCAUUAUUUACUUCCCACCAACAGAAGAGACAACAAACCCUGCAGUUCAUAUCUUACAAAAACUGUUAAUCCUCCUCGAAUCCUGAAGCCUGGUGGAGAUGCAGCGUCAAGCUGUGCAGCUGAAAGUUGGGAACCUAAAAUGAAAAGGACCUGCUGUUUGUUUGCUCUUGGUUUAACCACACUGUUUGGACCACGAAAUGACUGCUUUUGUGACAAAGACAACAGAGGCACAAUUAGUCUCCAUCUUGCUGUGUUCCUUACUGUAGUAAAGAGUUGACUGAGCUAGUUCUUAAUUUUUCUACUUUAGAAAAUCUUAGUUUUACCAACUUGUUUUUAGGACAUGCUGUUAAGUGAUGCCACAUUAUGUGAUGAAAUUACACACAAUUCAGGUAUCUGUAUUUCAAAUGAAAAGUGAAAUGUCUAUAAACAUGAGCGAGGACAGGAAAGGGAAACAGUCUGUGAAACAGGAGGCCUUCUUCGUCAAACACAAAAACAUAAAAAAUUGCCUCAAUGCAUAUGUACAGUUCAGAAUGAUUUAGUGCUUUAAAAGAAAGGCUAAAAGGCUGGCAUUUUAAAUGCUCAAAGUUGUAGGGCAUUUAAGAUAUCUCAAGUUACUGGUUAUUUUCAUUCCUGUAAGGCCGAGGCGAUGGACAGUAUUAAUUUGUGAUCCAAUUAGGUUCGUUUUAUUAUGGAAAACCAAAAUGAUGUUUGCAUGUGUCAUUUCAAGGCUAGCAAAUAGGUUAAACAAAACGCUUGGGCCUCCAACAAUCAUCAGGGAAAUUAUUUCAGGACUGCGAUAUAUUCAGAGAUUCUGACCGAAUCUGAUCGCCACACCUGAAGUUCACACACAGGGACAACUUUUUGCAUUAAGAUGUCAAUCAAACCUCUAUACAAUACAUACACUAUUGAAAACUGUAACAGGUUACACACUGAACCAACACCAGCAGUCAAAAAACGGACUCAGGACAAAAUACAUCAGCCUAUGUGGAUCUGCUUCUAUUCAGCCAUUAUUAAGUUGUGCACUCCGUUUGGCCAUUGUACGUUAUUGUAGAUGACCUGCAGAAUAAUUGUAUGUAGCAUCGAAGGUCAAUCUGCAAGGUUGUACCUUUUGAAAUAUUAAAUAUUUUAAAAUGACAUGAUAUUUCUUUUGGGUGCAUUUUUCAGCUGUGAAUAAAACAUUUAUUUAAAUGUGCUAAAAUGGGCAUUUUACAAUUACACUCUGUCAGCAUGUUUUUGUUUAGCUCUUACAAUUCUGAUCGUGUCAUUUAUAUAUUUAACGUUUUAGAAAAAGCACGAGAAAAUAGGGUAGACACAUCACAGAUGGGCUCAAGCAAAUUAGUGUCAAAGUGAUAAACGCAGAAAGCUGUAUAUAACUGAAGCGGUGUAAAAAUACCCAUCUGGUCUGCACCUCCUACUCUGGGCUGGCGAUUAAUGAAUAGCAUUCUGUGAGACUGAAAGCCAAGGACAAUGCUAAUUUCACACAGGCCAGACUCAGCUUUGCUAAACCUGUCAUAUGUGAAGCAUGUGAUUUCACAUAGCAAUACAUGUCUGUCAGAAACCUGCUGUCAACGGGCUGCCAAAAUAACCAAGAGCCCCAUGAACUGCAACCAGUGAAGUGCUGGACACAACAUGGGCCGAAGAUUUUAACAGCUCUAUAUAAAAAAGCUGAUCUAUAAGGAAUCUAGCAGAAGAUUUCAAAUAAAAUAGUGUUAAACAAAAUUAAGUAUACAUUCAUCAUGAGCUUUACUGCUUGCUUUUGCAGGUCCAAAGCUAAUUUAUAUUCUCAGCAGUGGUGCUAUUUCAUCUAAUACAAACUGUAACAUUAGCAAUCUUUUAUGUGUGAUCCCCGUUGAAUUUGACAAGGAUUUGAGAUUCUCGGUAACAAGCUAAUACACUCUUAAACAGAAAUUAUAUGUGACCAAACUACGGCCUUGUCGCUUCAUUUACGUAAACUCUGUUCUACAACCUAUAGUGAGGUCCGUCUACAUAGGCCGCAGCCUUCCAAGACACUGACUGUUUUGAAGCGACUGAACUCAGCAAGCAACACAAAUAGUGUUAUGCAUGGGAGAGGGAAACUCAACUCUCAAAUAAUUUCAACAGAAUUUGACAUUACCAUGCAGCUAAACAACUGAAGUGAUACUCCAUUAAUAAACAUAAACAUGCAUAACACACUGAAACAUUGGCUAAAAUAAUCAACAUAAAUAAUACAUUUAAUAAUCAACAAUACAAUCAACUUUUAUAUUCCAUCAUCUGGCACGUUAAAGUUAAAGUGCAUUAAGGGAUUGCUAUCACUGCAAAGGACACUGAGAAACUGGCUUAGAACUUUUGCCUAAAUUAAGUAUUUGGGAGAUCGUCUCAAUGCCUCAAAAUGCUGCCUUGGUAGGGAGCUCACUAGAUUUUGGAAUAGAGCGCUGUUUACAGGUUUUUUUAGUUAUAUGACAAUUUCUGGGAAUUUGGUAUUGAGUGAAUAGUGUUUCCAAAGGAAAUGUUCAUUUUCCAUUUAAUUUACUUCAAAUCAUAUACAGUAAGUUUAACACUUUCUUUUCAUAAUGGUCAAGUCAACAGCCAAUAGCUGUGAUCCAUAGUAAAUGAUGGUUUCUGAAAGCUUGAUGUGCUUACCCGUAAUGACAUUAAAACAAUAAUUCCGUUACUUCCACAUGAUUGGCCAGAACACCUGCCUAAUGUCAUUAGCAAACAGUGCGGCUCUGACCGUCACACGGUCAUGUGCGUGAACAAUGUCAAAGUGUUCAAAUCUCUUUCAACGUCAAAGUUAACAAAUUUAAUGACAUUUAAGUUAUUCUAUACAUGCAGCAAUGACACUGACAUAGAGGUAUUGAUGCUAUCAUCGUGAUUGCAAUCUCUUUGUUUAGGAAACAGUACUUCUAACCUCUAUAAUGACUGAAUUGUUUCCUCUGCUGCUUUUCCACCGCACUGCGAUGAAAGAAAAAUGAAUGACAAAGUUUGCGUGACCAAAAAAAUUCUCCAUAUACAAAAGAAUCUUCUUUAGCUUAGUUAAAAAGGGAAAAACACUGCUAUCUUCCUGUAUGUUAGAUCCUGAAGCAAGCUAUAAGAUGAGGCACAA